AUGCACCUGGACGGCGCACGAUUAUGGGAGGCUGCGGCGUCGGGCGCGUGCACGCUGCGCGAGAUAGGGGCCUGCUUCGACAGCGUCCAGCUGUGCUUCACCAAGGGGCUGGCCGCGCCCAUCGGCAGCAUGGUGACGGGCACGGCGUCGUUCAUCGCGCGCGCCAAGUGGUCGCGGAAGCUGGUUGGCGGCAGCACGCGGUCGCCAGGUGUCAUCGCCGCGCGCGCCCGCGCCGCCCCGGACCACGUCUUCCUUGGGGGCCGGCUCCAGGCCGCGCAGCAAAAGGCCCACGCCGCUUCGGCGCUGUGGGAGAGCCUUGGUGGCCGCCCCACGCUUCCCACGGAGACCAAAAUGCUGUGUUCCGACCUGCCGGCGUCUGGCAACCCCCCGGAGGACUUCUACCCCCGUGCGGCCCAGUUCGGGCUCAAGAUCGGCCAGCCCAUACUCGGCCGCAUCGUCUUUCACUACCAGAUCUCUGAUGCCACCUUUGCGCGCCCGUGUGACUUCUUUCGCUUCGUUCUCAAGGACGCGCGCCGCCCAUCAUCGCCCGUCAUCUAA